AUGGUCCCUAGUGUUAUUACUCAUCAGGUAAAAGCCAAAUUAAAACAAUGCUCAGCUACUACUACUUUCCCACAAGAACGAUCAAAAUUAAAUAGUCUGAAAAUAGCAAGUGUUCUCAAAGAUUUAGAGCAAGUGGAGCUCUCUUACAUUGUUGGUGGGACUCAAACCAAACUCACCACCCCUGACACCAAGAGCCAUUACAGCAACUAUUACGGAGGCCUGGGCUAUGGCUAUGGACGCUUUGGUGGUCUGGGCUAUGGCUACGGUUGUGGAUGUGGCAGCUUCCGCAGACUGGGCUAUGGCUGUGGCUUCAGAGGCUAUGGAUAUGGCUGCUGCCAUUGUGGUCCAUUGUGCUAUGGAGGUUAUGGAUUAUCUAGCUUCUACUGA